CGAAAUUUUAUCAAGUGAGCGGCAAAUUUUCUUACAGACAACCAAGCAUUAAUAAAAAAAAUUGACAGAGUACAAGAUUAAUUACACGCUUUUAGAUUUUGAACAAAUUGUUUAUCAUGCACAAGUUGUUAAAGCGAUUAUUGCUUGAAUAAGUGUUAAACGAAAUUGCUUUAUUAAUAAGCAAGUGGUUCCGAUGCGUUGAGAUAAAGAUCGGAAUUAUUUUCAGUUCGAAUGAGCCGAAUUUUCGAUGAGCAAGUGUUGAUUUUAGUGCGAUUUUUUUUCGUUAUUUUUUCGUGAUUUUGAAUUAAUUAAAAAGUGAGAGAAUAUGUUGCCUUGAUGAAGAAGAUUCAGUUUUGUGUUAUAAUAAAUUUUAAAGUGCUAAUUUUAAAAAUGGCACCAAUUUUAAAAUGCAAGGUUUUUUAAUUAAAAUUUUAAUCAUAGACGUUGACAGUGUUGCGAAGUUGUUUAAAUUUAUUUUCUUUACUAUACAUCUUUGAAGUAAAAUAUAUUUUUGAGUUUAAGUAUUUUUUUAAAUUUUGGUUUGUUGGUGGGUAUAAAGCUGCGGUAUCUAAGCAACAUGAAAAAAUACUAUCCAAUUGAAUUGAUCAAAUACUUCGCAAUUUAUUGGUGCCACAAACACAACAACCUAGUUUAAAUAAAAUCCAGUGGUUCCAAUAUAGCAGUGAAACAAAACAAAGUGCAUUUAAAGGGGGUUCACGCGAAAGGUUAACGUCGCAACGUCAAUUGUUCGGUGCAAUGCCCGACUAUGUCGAGUUGGUCCGCGAACCCAAGGGCCAUGCAAGAAAGUACAAAAUUUGCAAGGCGGCGGAAAAGUUCGAUAAAAGAUGUCACUUGACCGUUCUGCUGUCGGUUACACUGUUACAACAGCAGCUAAAUGACGAGACAGAAAACGACAGUCCCUCGCCUUUGGCCGGUUCGAGUCCGGGCGGUGGUCACAAGCCGUCGUUCAAGAGCAACAAGUUGGCGCGUCGCGCACGCUCCUUCAAGGACGACUUCCUGGGCAAGAUAUCGCAGAUGCGCAGUCCGCAGGGCCCGGCCGGCAGAUCGCACAGCCCCAAAGCACCCGCCGCGGCUAACAACAAAACCUGCAGCGCAGGCGGAGGAGACAUGGCCGACGGCACGGCGACGGCGGUGGCGUACCGCGGAGGUACCUAUUCGCCCAACAAGGGGCCCAUCAAGGAGAUGGAGGCUCUCUGGAAACAGAUACAGGUCGCCCUCAAGCACUUUCGUGAGAUCAUCUCGAAAAACAAACUGGAAAUGCUGCCAGGCAACGGCACCAUCGUGCUGGACACAGUGUGGAUGAUAAACCUGAGCGUGAAAUCCUCGUUGUCUUCGGACAACAGCAGUUCCGUGAGCUCGGCGACCAACCGCAUGUACCAGAGCGUCGCACGCUUGAUCAAACUUUGCGACGAUGUUCUGAUCGACGACAAAAGCGCCGAACUCAAAAUGGACAACGUCGAAGAGAUUUUGGUGCAAGUUGACGAGGCUGUUAGAAAUCUCACCGAGUUGGCAAGGGAGAAAAUUGCGCAGCAGCAGCAAAUCGGGUACAAAACUACGCCGCGCGCGUCUUAUGGAAAUGCGCUGGAAAUGCCGGCGCAACGUAACUCUUUGCCGGAUAUUCCGUUGUCGCCGCGUGAACGGGAGAUUUUGGAGCAAACGUCCUGCAAACAGUCGUUGGUCAGGAACAGUCACAGUACCGAGAGUAUACUGAGGGAUUCCAGUCCGCCGCCUAAACCUCCGUUACCCGACAGUAGGCCUCCUCCGUUGCCCCCCAAGAAGAAAAAUCAACGGUUGAUUCAACUGACAGACGAUUGCUUUUUUGAUUCGCCAAUAACAAGCAGUUUAGAAAGGGUGUCCAUGCGUUCAAAAUCGCCGGAAUCGUCGAUGUCUCUUUUAUCAGAAAGCGCGGGAAGCAUCGAAUCCAUGUUAAACCAUUCGAGGGACGAGGAUGAGUUAAAGGCUAUAAUGACAGAUGGAGAUUUGGAUGUUUCUUAUGAUCAUCACAAUUCAGAUAUUAUCGGCGCGAACGGCUCGCACAACUCCUGGGAAGAAUCCUCGCUCAGUUCGAGCGUAUCGAACAACAACAGCGAGCACAACAUCACCUCGGUGAACGACUACCAUCGGCUGUCGAACACCGAUUCCGGCAUCGUGUCGAUUCGGUCGAGCAGCUACUCGAAGCGCAGCUCGCAGCAGAGCGCGGUGAGCGCGCAGUUCUGCUCUGCGCAUGCCAUGCACACCGCGACCGAAACGUCGUCGUCGAUGGUGAAAUCGGAGAGCGUGUUGCAGAGUUUGUGCCUGGAAAAUCAGCUGUCAGUCGGCAAUUUUAGCAGUGUGAAAACGAGUAAAAGCAGUUCGGCGACUGUUUCCACUGAGUCAGUUUUUAAUAGAGACGAGAUUGAUUGUGGUGGCGUGGAAAGGGACACGCCGCCUGCUAUUCCUAUGAAGACCAGAAAAAAGAACGAAAGACAACCUUCUCCUUAUGAUAAUGUACCUGAUGAUAGUUUAGGUGGUGAACUUCUAGUAACCUGUCACAUGCACCAAUCCCAUCAAAGCCUAUCAAGUAGCCAAAGCAUAUCGAGUACGACUUUAAGUCAACAUCACGACGGCUCGCGACCGCCGCCUCUACCGCCAAAAAAGAAACACAUGUUCCAAUCGGUGGCUUACUCUGUCAUGGCCUACAUGGAAAUGUUCGGCAACUGUUCGCACACCAACGACCAAGAGUUCAUGCGCCACUCGAUCCACCAAUCGCAGUACGUGCAGCCGCCGAUGAUCAUGGCCAACUUGCCGACGACGCAAUCGUGCCUAUUUAGCCACACGUCGCAUAUUUCCACCACGCGGUCGUCGCACACCCAGAUCCAAACACUCAACAUACCCACACAUUCCUCCGGAACGGACCAAAGAUUACCCUCUCCCCUUCCAUCGCCCAACUCGAUAAUGUCGUCGUCGACGACGUCGCGAAACUCCGCGCCGCCCGCCCUCCCCCCGAAGCAGCGCUCGCGCAAAUCGUCGUCGAAAUCGCCGCCGCCCACGCCGCCCCACUGCGCGCCCGAGCCGGCCGCGAAACAAGCGCCGGUCGUCGCGCAAUCGCCGGCCGCCAAGACGCUGCCCGACCUGUUGGAGCACACGAAGCCGUGCGUCGAAGAGAAGCCCGAGCGCGAGGAGGAGGAGGAGGAGGACCCGUGCGACGUCGACCUGAUGGAGGAGCUCGACGUGGAGAGGCACUUGGUGAAGAAGAAGGAGGGCGAAGACGGGCCCGAGAUCAGGGGCGGGCCGAUAGACGCGCUCAUCAUACAGGCCACGAAGGCUACAAAGAAUGGCGUAUUUACGUAUCAGGAAGCCUUUUUAACCACCUAUCGUACUUUCAUAUCACCUUUAGGGCUAAUCAGCAAACUUAUCUGGCGAUACAAUUAUUUUUAUUCGCAACCUGACAAAAAGCCUAGAUCCAGAGAGGCGUUUGCUCUGAUUGUGCGGGUUGUUAGUGAUAUCACGGCUUCCGAUCUGGACGAACAGCUGCAACAGAAGCUAAUGAAUUUCGUGCAGCAGUUGAUAUCGUGCGGCGAACUGACGCUCGCCAAAGCUCUCCGCGUGAAGCAUUUGGAGCGUUACGAGGCCAAGCAGAUCAGCAUGCGAUACCAAAGCAUCGUCGGCACGAGCAUAUCGCUGAGCGCCGGCAACUUCACGCUGCUCGACUUCAAGUCGGAGCACAUCGCCGAACAGAUGACGAUGCUGGAUUCGGAGCUGUUCGUCAAAAUCGAGAUACCCGAGGUGCUCACGUGGGCGCAGGAGCAGAACGAGGAGAGGAGCCCGAACUUGACGAGGUUCACCGAGCAUUUCAACAAGAUGUCCUAUUGGGCUAGAACGAAGAUCCUAACCGCCGAAGUGAAAGACGUGCGGGAAAAACUGUUCCUGAAAUUCAUAAAAAUCAUGAAGCACCUGAGAAAAAUCAACAACUUCAACUCGUACUUGGCCAUGCUGUCCGCGCUGGAUUCGGCGCCGGUUCGCCGUUUGGAAUGGCAAAAACACGUUCAAGAAGGCCUCAAAGAGUACUGCGCCUUAAUCGACAGUUCAUCGAGUUUCAGGGCCUAUCGGACUGCUUUGGAGGCCACGGAACCACCCUGCAUACCUUACAUUGGUUUGGUGCUGCAAGAUUUAACAUUUGUUCACAUCGGAAACAACAAUUUGUUACCAGAUGGCACUAUUAAUUUUUCCAAAAGGUGGCAACAAUAUAACAUUGUCGACAACAUGAAGAAAUUUAGAAAAGGAAAAUACACCUUCAAGAAGAACGAGAGGAUCAUAAAGUUUUUCCAAAAUUUCGACGACUACAUCGGCGAGGAUGCGAUGUGGCAGCUAUCGGAAACCAUCAAACCUCGUGGAAAGAAAACGACUCAAUGAAUAUGAAAAAUAUUCAUGCUUUAAAGCAAUAUUUAACUGAAACUUAGUAGAAAUUACGUUGUUUAACCCUUUUUACUGAAAUUGGAUGGUUUAUUAUUACGUUUUUAACGUAACUUAUUUUUUAGUAUUUAAAUGUUUUCCAUCACAAGUAGAUACUAAUUGGAGGUUAAUAGGUUAUAGGUAAUCUGCUAUUUUGAGGUCGAUUUUUUUUAAUGUUAUUGCCUUUGCCUAAGCAAUAUAUUUUCUAGUCAUUUUUUUUAUAAUUGUGAAUUUAUAGGCUACAUUUUUUAUUUUUACAUAUAGAGGAUUAUGUUUUAUUUAUUUACAAGAAAACUAUUAUUUAACGCCUAUGAACAAUGUUUUAUUCAUGCAAAUAUUAAAGAGUGAUUUCCCUCUUAUGAGUGUUUAUUAACACAUAUCAAUAUAAUACCAACGUUAUUAAGAGUGAAUCGUGCGUAUUUUUUGCAAUACAAGCAUAACAUACCCAAAUAUUUUUUGGCGUUUUAUUGUCGAAUGAUUAUUUAUUUUAUUAAAUUUUAGGCCAAAAAACGGGGGGUGUUUCUUUCUAUAGAAAAUGAUCUCUGAUUGGUUUAUUGCUUUCUAUAGAGAUCUAUAAACACCGCCCAGGGAUUCUAACAAGGAUUUAGAAAACAAGACAUUUUCAGAAUUUAUUUUGAGUUUAAUCGUUUUGUAUAUUUUUUUAGUUUCUUACGUCUUGUUUUCAAAAUAAAAUUCGAUCAAAAUUAUUUUCGUUAAUUCUUAUGCAUUUGCCAUAAACUUAGCACAAUCUUUAAAGAAAUUAAUUAGAAUAUAAAUAUUAUUCUGAUGCCUAUUUUUUAUAAAAAUUUAGUAAAAUUUAUGUAAUUUAUAGGGCCAUUAUAUUAUAAAAUUACACUCGUUGACGACAACUUUUGCACCUGGAAAAAAAUGGUGGCAUCUUUUUUGCCAAUGAGUGCAUUUUUUAAACAAUGAAUUAUUUGGCAUCGAAACUAGAUUUAAAUUAAAAGAUUUGAAAUUCUUGUAUGUUUUCCGACUACAUACUCUUUAACAAAAUUUAUAGUAGUGUAUUAAUAAAAUAAAUGCUGCAGGAUUGUAAAAUCGUUACUGUUACUUAUAUUUUUUAGUUAAUUUAAUAAUAAUAAUAAUAUUAAUAAUAAAAAAAUUAAUAACCGAAUUCUGUCAACAUUUAAUGCAAAUCUUUGUGUAUAAGACUGAACUUUUCUUAGUAUAUUUUUAAAUUUAAAUGUUAAAAAAAAAAUCAAACUAUCAGUAUACAAGACCAUGGAAAACUUAUAUUUUUUAAAAACGAUAUUUUCAAUUAUUUUUCUCUAUAACUUGAACGGACUGAAUACGAUAAUGAAUGAGUGCAAUUUUCAUUUUAAACGAUACUAGACUAUUUUAUGGUGCUCUCGACCAAAAAAAUCUUACAUUGUUUUAAUUUUGUAUACAAGGUGUCCCUGAAAUGCUACUUAUUCCUAAGACCAAAAUAAUGCAAUAUAACUAAAUUUACCUUCAUACAAAAGUUGUUAAUAACUAAGAUACAGGUUGUUAAAGUUAAAAUAUCGUUUUUGAUUUUAUUAAAUAACUUUGUUGCACAACGUUUGAUAUUUGGGGUUUUUUCAGGACCGAAAAACUAUAUUAAGAUGUGACCAUUUAAACGUAUACAAAGUGUUGCAGACAGCCUAAAUUAAUUUUUUUUUUAAAUUAUUUUUUCCGGACUGAAAAACCCCCACAAAUAAGAUAUUGCGCAAAACGUCUUUUUUUCCAAAGUUGUUUAGUAAAAUCGACAAACUUUCAUCUUUCAAUUUUAACACCCUGUAUCUUGGCUAUUAUUAACUUUUGUAUAUGAGGAAAUUGAAUUAUAUCGCAUUAUUUCGGUCUCAGGAAUAGGUGGUAUCAUUUUGCACAGGCAUUUCAGGAACACCUUGUGUAAUAACACUGGCCUACGAAACAAAUUUUGGUACAAUGAAUCCAAAAAUGACAUUUGUUCAUUUUGCUAUGUUAUCUUUUAAAGGGGCUGAACAUUAUGUCCAUUUUUUUUGUAGAGCAAUAACAAGUUUUUUUAGUUAAAUGGGAAAUUUUUUAAGUUUUUUUUACUUAAGACAUGUUUAUUUUUAAAUAAUUUGAUAAAACUAUAAGAAUUUUAUGAGAGCAACAUAAUGCAUAAAAAUCUUAAUGAUGUUUAUAGCACCUCUUCCAUUUAUUGGUAGUUUCGCAAAAUCAUGCAAAUCAAUGUUAGAACGUAAUUAAUUAUACAUUAAUAUGUGUAUAUCAACUAUGGUAUUGUUAGUUAAAGAUUAAAAAAAGUUAACUAUUAGAAGGCCUAACUAAAGAUUAAGCAUACAAUUUUAAAUUAUAAGAAUGGCUAUUUGUAGACUGCUCUUUGACGAAGGAUUUUAAAUUUUUUUUAGACACCUGUCCAAUUAGUUAAUGAGUGAAUGUUAUUACGUAGCAAAAAGUCGGUGUUUUAAACAUUUCAAUAGAUCUAGUUCAAAUAUUCUUAUUUAAUUUACUCCGCAAUAUUAUGUGUAAAUUUUAAUUUUUUUUAAAUAUCUUUAUUAAUUUAAUAAUUUAAAUGAUAAAUUUUUAUUAUAUUCACGCAUGUGACUGUUAACAAAUGUAUAAAAUAAUAAUUAAAUGUUUAUAUACAUAUGCGCAUUUCUGUAUAUACUGUGAUGUUUUAUCCCUAUAAGUUUUACAUAUUUCAAGAUACCACAAGCAAUGAUUUAAGUAUCUGAGUAUUAUGAUUUUUUUAUUUUAUUGCCAGACAACCUAAAUUAAUAACACUGGUCUACAGGGUGGUCAAGUUUUACCAGCCGAUAUCGAGAAUUGAUAAUUUAAAUUUGCUAAUCAUUAUUUAGUAUUUUUUGUAUUUUUAAUAUUAUACUGGAUUUUUUCCUCAUAGACCAUACAACUUUUUUUUGUGUACUGCUGGUUAAAUUUAAUAAUACAAUAUGAAUUAUACCUUGCAUCUCAAGGUGAAAUCAAAAUUCGACCAUAUUUUAUUUGAAAAUGAUUUUUUUAUAGUAUAAAUUAUCGACUGUUGAAAUUCUGAUGAUAUAAACUGGAUCUCUAUAAAGAAUGGUUGCAAUAUCCGACAAUCUUUAGGUUAAAUUUUUUAGACCAGUGUUAUUAUCUAAAGUAAAAAUUCGAGACAAAGAAAUUAGUGCCAUAAAAGCUUAAGUAAAUUAAUGAAAAUCUUAUGAAAACUUGCUUACAUCACAAAGUGAUAUUUUACAGUAUACACCAAAUCCAAACUUAACAUUACAAAUGGUUUUAUAAAAUUAUGCUAAAAAUUUGUGAUUUUAUAUAACUAUUACAUCUUAAUCAUAAUAAAUUUCCCUGCUUUCAGUAUUUUUUAUAUUGUUUUUUUACAAAUUAUACACGCUAUUUCAUAUUUAUUACAAAAUUUUUAAAGGACUGUAAAAAUGAAGAUUAAGAAAAAAUUAUUUAGUUCUUAUGACUUACAUUGUGUAAUAAAUUAUUUAUUUAACUUAAGUUUUGCACAAACAAUUGUAUAUAAGAAUUAAUUUAUAAAUUAUGUAAAUUUGUUUAACUCUUUUUCUGUUUAGAGUUUUCUGUGCUUUAAAAAGUAUGUAUGUUAGUGUGAUAAUGUACUUCAAAGUACCUAAAUAAAAAAGUGUGAUGAA